CAGCCAAACAUCUUUAUUCCAGGCAUUUUGGAUUUUGAGAAAUUGUCGACACCGUAUGAUGACGGACGAUGUACCAGGCAGACGCUCACUUACACUUGAGUGAGUUAGCUAAAAAUGUUCUGAUUUGGCUUCACCUACGCAUUCUUAAAACUCAGCGGUAAAAAUAGACUAAACUACAUUCGAUACCCCUCUUCCAUAUACCUUGACAUAAAUGUACAUUUGUAUGUGUUUUACAUUUCCAACAUGACAGGACUUGUUUAUAGGACACAUAGACGAUAAUAAUAGUGUUUAUCAAUACCCGUAUCUGCCGAUACCAGACCUAGGUAGCACACACGCCUCACUAACGGGAGUACGGCUGAAGGACUGUACACCGGCCAAGGUGUAGAUAAAUAUGGCGACAGGAACACUAGCUCUUCCUCCCGGAGGUCAAAUGGAAAUCGUCUUCUCCUUUGACACUACGGGUUCAAUGUCCUCCAUUUUUGAUGAGCUGCAGGGAAGAUUGCAGGACAUGAUACAGCGCCUCCAGGCGGACAUUCCAGGCAUAAGAAUUGGCGUCAUUGCACAUGGUGAUUAUUGCGACAAAGACGUUUUCUAUUUGACCAAGGAGCUGGAUCUGUGUAGCGAUGUCGUGGAACUUUGUAACUUCGUGAAGGAGACGGAAGGUACCGGUGGUGGUGAUGAGGAUGAAUGCUAUGAAUUGAUUCUUCGAAUGGCCCGAGAAAACUUCUCGUGGACUCCCAUGUCGCAGAAAAUACUGGUGAUGAUUGGAGACGCUAACCCACACGAACCCGAGUACGAGAUGAAUGUGGACAACAUUGACUGGAAAGAGGAAGUCAGUCAUCUCCGCAAUAGUGGAAUAAAGAUAUAUGGAGUCCAGGCAUUUGAUCACGAAGGUGUUGAGGACUUCUACAGGACAAUGGCCGCAAACACAGACGGCCACUACCUCAAACUGGGCGAAUUUUCCAACAUUUGUGAUUUCAUAAUGGCUAUUUGUUAUCGGGAGAGAGGCGAGGACCUUUUUACUGGAUACGAAGCUGAGGUCCGUUCAAGACAUGGACCCGGGGGUAUUAACAGAGAGUUGGAGGGUCUCUUUGGUACUCUCCGAAGAAACGAAUCAGGGGCGAGCUAUUAUAGUACAACAUCAUCAAAUCCUGUACCUGUGCCAUCUAUAUCCACAGUCACUAGUCCGAAAAUAAAGAAAAGAAAAGUGCCAUCUUCAUCGCAAAAACAAUUACCAAGAAGCCGUCAAAAUAAACUGACUGUGAAAGAAAAGUCUUCACCACUGACCAAACUAAAGCCAAUUGUGAGACAAAACAGGGUAAACGUUAGGUGUAAGGCAGACUUACAACCCAUACAUAGAGAGAAAGUCGCAAGCUCUUCUUUCACGUGCAGCCGUUUAGAUUGGUCAACAUGGCGUCUUGCAUACACUCCAGUCAACGCAUUUGAACCAAGUUCAAAACGAGCCUUCAUUACAAAAUUCGGCUGCAAAUGUUUGAAACGUAAACAGCUGUUCAAUGACCAAUCACGGAAAACAGCGUUGUAUGAGUUAGCUGUGCAAACGAAGACCCGGGGAAAGCGCCAUGUGGUAUAUUCACGGACUGUUCCCGGGAAAGCUAACACUAGCGAUUGGGAGUGCGAUCUUCUCCAUGGAGGGAAGAAACGUCUCCUAAACCAAAUCAGGUCUGUAGUAGAGAAUGGAUGUAAGGUUUUUGUAAGGCGAGCAUUGGUACCCAAGAGACAUCAGUCGAAACUAGAUACGUUAACUAAGUACAACUACGCGUGGAACCUACAGAAAGUCACGCGGAAACCUAGACCUGUAGUUCGAGAUAAUGUUGUCAUCUCGGGUGACCCAUGAUCGGAACAAAUUCACAUGAAACUAAUGUAAAAAGAACUAUUUAUUUAUAAAACACAUGGUUGAGUUUGUGCAUUACUACGAAUUAAAAACUUUUAAAACAAAA